UUGAUGAUAGAAACCAACAAGUAAUAAUAGUAUAGAAAUACAUAGACACAUAUAUAGACAAAAAGGUUACUUACAGUUUGAGAAGAAGGAAAGAUCGAGAAGCUAAAGUAGAUAGCUGAUCUACUCAGUUUGAGACAACAAUGGGAUUAGGAGGUAGUUUUGAUGAAACGUCGUCGUUUAUGGCUGAAUUCCUUAAGAAGUGCGGUGGUUACGCCGUCGUAGAUGGAGGUUUCGCCACCGAGCUUGAACGACAUGGUGCUGACCUAAACGAUCCUCUAUGGAGUGCUAAAUGCCUUAUCACUUCACCUCAUCUCGUUAAAAGGGUACACUUGGACUACCUUGAUGCUGGUGCAAAUAUAAUUACUAGUGGAUCUUAUCAGGGCACAAUUCAAGGUUUUGAGGCGAAAGGGUUUACAAAAGAAGAAGGGGAAGGUUUGCUCAAGAAAAGUGUAGAGCUUGCUUGUGAAGCCAGGGCAAUUUACUAUGACAGAUGCACCAAAGAUUCUUGGGACUAUUUUACCCAGAAUAAUAAUAGCAAUAAUGCAACCUCUCUAACUCUAAGUCGUCCUGUUUUGGUUGCUGCUUCAGUUGGGAGCUAUGGCGCUUACUUGGCUGAUGGUUCUGAAUAUACUGGGAAAUAUGGUGAUGAAGUAAGUGUGGAAAGGUUGAAAGAUUUUCAUAGGAGGAGGGUUCAGGUUCUGGCUAACUCUGGGGCUGAUCUUAUUGCAUUUGAAACAACUCCCAACAAAAUAGAAGCCCAGGCUUAUGUAGAAGUUGUUGAGGAAGAAGAAAUAGAUAUUCCAGUUUGGAUGUCAUUCAGUUCGACAGAUGGAAUGAAUUCGGCGAGUGGGGAUUCCAUGAUGGAGUGUGCAGCCAUAGCGGAUUCUUGCAAACAAGUUGUGGCCAUUGGAAUCAACUGCACUCCCCCUAGAUUUAUCACUAAUCUCAUUUCAUGUCUUCGAAAGGUAUCUUGUAAACCAAUAGUUAUAUAUCCCAACAGUGGUGAAACUUACGACUCUGGAAGCAAGAAAUGGAUAAGAUCAAAUGGGGUGGUGGAGGAGGAUUUUGUGUCGUGUGUAAGGAAGUGGCAAGAGGCUGGGGCUUCCUUAUUUGGAGGCUGUUGUAGGACUACCCCAAACACAAUAAGGGCCAUAUCCAAACUUCUUUCUGGAAACUCAUCUAAUUAUAAGGCUUAAUUAACAAUUAUGAUAUAUAUAUAUAUAAAUGUAAAUGAGUACAUAUGUAUAUGCAUGUAUCUCCAAUGUAUUUGUUUAGUUGCCAUGAGAAUAAUGUUUGUAUUUUUGUGUAUUAAUAGUUUAUAUAACCGCCUACGGGGUUGCAAAUCAACACGGAAGAGCAACUUGCAAUUAUCGUUUCCUUCUGUUGUACUUUUCUCUAAAUCAAACAUAUAAUAAUUAUCA